CUUGCGCGCGGAAGAGGAAAGUCAAGUGAACUGAAAAUAGAUUAUAGCCGAUGUAGCUAAGUGCUAAAGUCUCUGGCUGUUUCUUAUUUAGUUAGAUAAUGUAAGUGAUUUUUUAAACAUUUAUUAUUCGAUAAUAUACAUCCUGUGAAGUUUACAUUACUGAUGCCUUCAACGGAAAUGUAGCGAAUAUGUUGCAGGAUCAGCUAAUGGACUCGGAGGUGAGUAUUUGUUGAACGAGGACAAGUCUGCAGUCAAAAUGCUUCACAUGAAAGUUAAGAUGGAGAAACCAGAUACUGAGGGUGCUGUUGCCCGAAGUCGUCUGGAUGCAGUGCUGCAAGGUCUGGUGGAGAAAAGUGACAGUGAGAGAGAUCAGAAUGAGGAUGAUUCGGGAAAAAUGGUCGCAGACUCCAUGAGCAAGGACUUAUCCCCUUCCUCUCUUGGGAAAAGGCCGUCUUCACGCUUUGCACAACACCGAAGAAAGAAGCGCAAAGAGAUGGAGGACGGUUUAACUGAGACUAACCAGCACAAACAAAACUCGUACAUCAUCAAGCUGUUUGAUCGCAGUGUGGAUUUGGCGCAGUUCAGUAGCAACACUCCACUCUACCCCAUCUGCAGAUCGUGGAUGAGGAACAACCCCACAGUACGAGAGAGAGCAAUGUCCAGUCCACCUCACCCCAUAGCAGAGGAGGAGGUGUCAGACAUGCUGAACGGAAAAGUUCAAAAUAUAUACCACCUUCCACCUCCUGGAUCUUGCCCUGUUAAUGAGUCUGGUGAUCCAGUCAACUUAAGGAUUCCACCCACAGAGAAACCCACUAUAAGCCAGUCCACAGACACAGCAUCAGGAGCCUCUUCUCUCAUGUUCAAUCACAUGAAACGCUGGAAGAAAAUUAGACAGAAAUGGAAAGAGGCUUCUAAUAAGAACCAGCUGCGCUACAGCGAGAGCAUUAAGGUCCUGAAAGAGAUGUACGAGCGCUAGCUCAUCCUCAUCCCCUGCAUCAGGAGACAGUUAUGGACUUCCAUAUGCAACUUCAUAGAAACGAGUUUCAGAUGGAAGAAUGGACUGAUAAUUGUGUAGUUGCCUGCACAUGUUAUUUUAUUAUUUGUUAAUAAACAAAUAUUUGGUAAGUCAGUGAUGUUAGUAUGGCCUGCACUCCAGUAGCAAAAGCACAGGUGUGAUGUAUUUUCAAUUUCUAUCUAUGUGAUGCAGGUCAGUGGAGUGACUGAAUACAUAUUUCUGAUGAAUGCAUGUUUGUUCUACAAUUUGGUAAUGACAAGAAGAUAAUUUGUGAACAAAAUAAACGUUCGCUUUUUCCAUUCA